GCUCCUCCUUAUACCCCCGAAACCUUAUUAAAACAACACGCCAAUCUGUUGUAGCCCGGUAAAAGGGGUUUGGGAGACACAGCAGCCAUAAAGGAGGCUCCACACACAGCCGUCUGGAAGGCAUUAGACAACAGCAGCAGAGAUACUUUUGGCCACUUCAUGGCUCUGUGUAACCUGGAUGCUUGGGGAAACUAUAGAAAUACUUACCUACAUGCCCCUCAAGAGAGCAAAAUACAAAUUAUCUGACUUAAUGUUUAAUUGUUAGAGUCAUUGCUGGAAGCUUUUUUUCUUCUGUGUCAAUAUGAAUGACGCAGCCAAAGUUGAUGGCUUUUUUGUAACUUUUAAAAACUUUUAAAAUACGAAUGAAACUGUCAGAAGUUGAUGGAGAAAAAUAUUUAUCAUUUUUGCAUAGUGUACUUUUUAUUUAUACUUUUUUAUAUGAAUGACGCCAAAGAUGACUGAUAUGAUGUUUGUGUUUGUACACCAAAGAUGCAUGCGGUGCAUAGUUAAUGACUGCAGACAGACUGUUAAAAACUAGAGAAGACAAGCAGUCGUGAAUAUUUUUGAGUAUCCAGCUGAGCAAACUUAGAGGAACGUGCCUGAAUCUUAUUUUAUUUUCUUAUUAAUGAGGAUCAUUUUCAGCGGAUUCAUGAGCCUCAUUACUACACAAGUGUCCUUUGAAACUUUGUCGAGACUUUUUCUCCCUGUGGAACGGUACCAGAGCCGCCGGAGUUGACCGCAUCCUUGCUCAAGGACGAACGAGAGGACAACAGCCGCUUUAAGAUGAGGUGUCACAGAGUCUUCACCUACCUGCGGAUAUUUGGGACCACCAUGUUCGGUGUGUCCCUCCUGGUGGGCAUCUCUACGGCCUACAUCAUGGGCUACCAGUUCUUCACCACAGCUCGCAAUCACCUAUCCUUCGGCCUGUAUGGCGCCAUCUUGGUCAUCCACCUCAUUAUCCAGAGCAUGUUUGCGCUCUUAGAACACCGAAACAUGCGGCGAUCCUUAGAGACGCCUAUCAAACUGAAUAAAUCCUUGGCAUUGUGCAUUGCAGCGUAUCAAGAAGACCCAAACUACCUGAGGAAAUGCCUGGUGUCUGUGAAGAGGCUGACGUACCCAGGGAUAAAAGUGAUCAUGGUGAUCGACGGGAACUCGGAUGAUGACUUGUACAUGAUGGACAUUUUUAAAGAGAUCAUGGGAUGGGAGAAAUCGGCCACAUACGUGUGGAAGAGUAAUUAUCACAACAGAGGGCCCGAGGAGACGGAUGAGAGCUACGCUGAGAGCCUUCAGCAUAUCUCCAGGCUGGUGCUGAACAACAAGUGUGUGUGCAUCAUGCAGAAGUGGGGAGGGAAGAGAGAGGUCAUGUACACACCCUUCAAAGCACUGGGGAGGAGUGUGGACUAUGUGCAGGUGUGUGACUCUGACACUAUGUUGGACCCAGCAUCAUCGGUGGAGAUGGUGAAGGUUCUAGAAGAAGACCCUAUGGUGGGAGGCGUUGGAGGAGAUGUACAGAUCCUAAACAAAUACGAGUCGUGGAUCUCCUUCCUGAGCAGUGUGCGGUACUGGAUGGCCUUCAACAUUGAGCGGGCUUGCCAGUCCUACUUUGGUUGCGUGCAGUGCAUCAGUGGGCCUUUAGGAAUGUACCGGAACUCCCUCCUGCGCGAGUUCCUUGAAGACUGGUACAAUCAGACUUUCAUGGGAUCCCACUGCAGUUUUGGGGAUGACCGUCAUCUCACAAACAGAGUUCUAAGCCUCGGGUAUGCCACCAAAUAUACUGCACGAUCAAAGUGCCUCACUGAGACGCCGAUUACAUACCUGCGGUGGCUCAAUCAACAAACUCGAUGGAGUAAGUCAUAUUUCAGAGAAUGGCUUUAUAACUCUAUGUGGUUCCACAAACACCAUCUAUGGAUGACUUAUGAGGCUGUGAUCACAGGCUUCUUCCCGUUUUUCCUCAUCGCCACUGCGAUCCAACUCUUCUACCAAGGAAGGCUCUGGAAUAUUCUGUUGUUUCUACUCAUUGUGCAGGCAGUGGCACUGAUCAAGUCGUCAUUUGCCAGCUGCCUCAGAGGUAACAUUGUCAUGGUGUUCAUGUCAUUCUACUCUGUACUGUACAUGUCAAGCCUGUUGCCAGCCAAAAUGUUUGCAAUAGCAACAAUCAACAAGUCUGGAUGGGGGACAUCUGGGAGGAAAACAAUAGUGGUGAACUUCAUUGGUCUGAUUCCUAUAUCAGUUUGGUUCACCAUACUCUUCAUUGGGAUUAUCUACACAAUAAUCCUGCAGACUAGAAAACCCUUUCCUGAAUCAGAAAAGAUUGUUCUGAUCAUAGGGGCAGUUGUGUAUGCCAGUUACUGGGUCAUGCUGUUGACGUUGUAUGCAGUACUCAUAAAUAAGUGUGGGAAGAGAAAGAAGGAAACACACUAUGAUAUGGUGCUGGAUGUAUGAUUUACAGACUGCAGUCAUCAUUUACCACUGAACUCUCUUUUUGGGUUGCUUUCACUCACACCAUGUUGUUAUACACAUGUUUCUCAGAUGCAGAGCAGCUCUGGAGGCAAACUGGUUGAGUUCAACCAAAAUGGAGUUUUUUCAGACUUGAAUGGCAAAAACAUACAGGAUAAAUGGCAGUGGCUGAUUUUUUAUUUAUUUGUUGUUCAUUCAUGACCAUAGCAUUCACCAUCUUGGAACAUUAGCAUGCUAGCUAGUUAGCUUACCUAGAGUUCUUUAAUCUAACAUGUUUAGCUGAAGAUCAGCUUCUGUAAGAAAACUAGCUAAUCUUGAUAACUCAGUAUGGAAAGAUGAAAUAUAUUGCAGUUGGCAGCAAGAGUGCUAGGCUUUGUAAUAUUAGCUACCUCUUACCCAUGUCAUUUUCACUGGGCUUCAGUUUAACAUUUGCAACUUAACCAAAGAAAAUGUGGAUUUUUAUCUCCACCCAUUGGGGUUUAACUUGACCAGUAAGAAUAUUUUACUACCAGAGCAUCAUUGUGUCUCCAAGAAAUGUUUGUACACUCUAACUAGAAACAAAUCUACAUAUUGCCCCCACCAAAGGGAAGCCAAAAACCCAUCACCACAUAGCUUCGAGUUGAAGUCAAACUGAAACUACCAGCACCCUGCCCUGCAAGGCUGUCUCCACUGUCAAAUGACUGAAGUUGAACGUUGUUAUGGGGGCAAUGCAUUGAUGUACCUUUCCAGAGUUUUUAAAUCUCUUUUAGGAAGAGCUACAGAAUCAAUUUAAAAAGAGCAAAAGUGUGCAGAUAGGGCUUUAAAAUGGAGAGCUGCUCUCUUUCUUUUAUUGCACUCAUGUCAUAUGGGAAAGAUGCUUCCUAGUAGCCUUCACACAUUAUAAAUGUAUUUAUAAUGCAUUUUGUAUCACUUAAGUCAAUUCAUAAUUGCAACUCCUAAAUUGCAAUGGCAAUGCACAGCUGUUGGAUGCAGGUUGUGUUUGUGCUUGACAUUACAAUUCUUGAUUUGCUGUUUAAAAUUAAUCUAAACACAUCACUGUGGUGCAUGUAUGUUGAAAGUGAAAAGGUGCAAGAUCCAUAGAAAUAUCCAGUCAUGCCACUUACAAGUCUUGUUUUUCCUAUAUGACGUGAAUGCAGUAUUUUUCUUAACGUUUACAAAGUGAAGAAUCUCAAACUGAUCACUGAUUGGUAGAUAUAAACUCCACCAGAUCAGGUGACCAGGUGAACAUGUGACCAGACGAGAGACGGUGUAUCAUUGCUGCUGUGACUGUUUUAUUUUUACAGAAACAAUUUCUUUUGUUUUUCUUUUUUAUAUGAAUGAAGGGUGUAUGCUGCAAAAUGAUUUUAACACUAUUAUUGUUAAUGUAUUUCUUUCUACCAAGUUGAAUGAUAACCACCAAGUAGACACGAUGGACAGUCUCCAAUCCAAAGUGAUUUUUGCCUCAAUGUGCCCUUGCUCUCUUCCUUUCUUCACAUACUGUAUUGAGGGUAAUGUGGCUACAUCUCUCUGCUUCCUUGCAUUGUGUUAAACGGCCUGCAAUGGAGCAGAUGCGAGAACAAAACAUUGAUGUACCAAUUGGGAGAGAAAUACUACCUGAUAACAGGAAUGUGAAUAAGGGCACUUGAUGGAAGGUAUCAGCAUUUUGGAAUGAAACAAGUCCAGUGUUUGCUAUAGACGACCAGGAGCAGACAUGAGUUUAAUUCUUAUGCACUUUUAUGUCUCUCCCGUUGUCCAGCUUGACGUAAUCAAGAUGAAAUACCUCAGUGGUUCUCUUUGCAUUGCAUCAAAGUGUCAGGAUGCUGUUCAAAGACUGAUGCAUUCUGAAGGUCUCAAGUAAUUUAUAAUAUGUUUGUGAUAUUAAAUAUAAAAGUGUCCUUUUAUACGCAGUUAUUAAGUCAAAGCUGGAUUUCUCUGCCUUGUCGGCCCUUUGCUGUAGCCAUUUACUUACUGUUACUUUGUAUUUCAAUGCAUUUUAUAUAUAUAUAUAUAUAUAUAUAUACAUUUCUGUUCUAUUUUUGCUUAGCUACCAAAGAUUCUUUAUUUUCACUCAUGUUUUUAUAAGAAAAAUGGGAAAAUGUGUUGUGCUUUCAACUGUUCUGACAAUGACUUGUAUAUCUGACCAAACAAUGUGAAAUUAUGAGCUGGGGGUUUUGUCUGCAAUAACAACAAUAAAAAUGCAAUUUGUAGGGAUAAGUUAUUGAUUUCAAGAGAUGUGACGAACCUGUGUUUUGUACAUUGUACGUAGAUAGAAAACCAGCAUAUUUAUGUUUAUAGGAUUCUGUACUUAGUAAGAUGUCCUCUGGUAUACAUGUAAAACCCCUAAGGUUCCAUAUGUCUACACUGCAAAAACAAUGAAUACAUUUAGAAAUCAUUUUUAAUAUAUAAAACAUGUGAACAUAAUUGCUAGACUUCAAAGUUUUUGCAGUGCUGAAACUACAUGGACAACUAGAAUGAACAAUAAAGCCAAAGCAGACUGAAAACUUUCGUCCAAAACAUUUGCACAAAAAUGUAAUUAUCUGCAAAUUAUGUGUUAUAAAGGUGCCUUACUGAGCAAUAACAAAAGAAAAACUGAGUGACAUUUUUAUACAAUUUUAAGGAGGUAUUCUGAGGUUUAAUGAAUGAGACCAACAAUUGAUUCAUGAGGUUGUUUUCAUGCCAAACUAGUCAUGGGCAGUGUUAUCGUAAAGCACUUUUUGUGUUUUGUGCCAAAUAAAAACAACUAUUGUUUUAA